GAGAUUUACAGGAGCGGCUGAACGGGAGCUGCCAUGAGUACCCACAAGCAAAACUGGGAACACUACAAAACGAAGGGAAGAUUUACUGCAUUGUUUAUAAGCUGGCUACUUGGAAAUGGAUCCCUUUUCGCGUGGAACAGCAUGUUGACGAUUGGGGAUUACUAUGCCUUUCUCUUUCCAAGGUAUCAUCCAACGAGAAUACUCACACUUGUCUACCAACCUUUUGCUCUUGGAACAACAGCCAUUUUAGCAUAUCAUGAAGCAACACUUAAUACUAGACGCCGCAACCUGUUAGCUUACUCGCUCUUCUUCUCAAGUUCACUUGGCCUUCUUAUGUUAGAUCUAGCAACAUCCGGUAAAGGUGGGUUGGGGAUCUUCAUUGGUGUUAUUGUUCUGAGCCAGGACUCGAGCCUCUUUGUUCUUGAUCUCCAAGUCUUCAAUAGCUCAGAGUUUCUUGGUGUUGGACGAAUAGAUCUUCGACUCAAAAGAGCUGGCCUGUUUAUUGAGCCUCGCCUGUUAUGA